AUGAACGAAGGCGACGGCGACCCAAUACACGGACCUCCUCCCCAUCAAGUACCCGAAGGUGGCGAAAUACAGAGGGCUCUUGACGCCUUGAAUAACUUGAAUGACCAGGACUCGCAACAUGCGGCCAAUGGCGACAUCCAGUUCGAUGAGAUACCCGCGCUGGGACCGACCGAUGGAGGACGAAUGGAAUUGUCUGACCAUGAACGCCAGUGGGCGUUGGACAUCAAAGAAGAAAUGAUACGAGAUCCCGAGUUGGAUGUUAUGUCUGAUUACGAUAUCGCACAGAUAGCGUUAGUAGACCAGGGGGAUACAGAGGCUGCCAUUGAUCGAGCCUACAAAAUGCAAGGGUUUAAGAUGGAGUUCGAUGUCAUUGACGAACCAGCACAUGGAAGGAGGAUACUCCAGCAAUUCAUGGAUCUGUUCCCCGACCUGCUCUUGUGCUUCUCGUACAGCCAUCCACUGGAACGAUAUGUGGUGGCAAUGGACGGAACAAAGUUCGAUGCAAAAACUUUGAAACAUAAUCCACAAGCACUACAGACAAUGAUGUGUGUCGGGUACUACAUCUAUCAUGCCUUGAAUCCAGAUUUUGAAUCUAUUCGACAGGGUGUGAUUCUUUUGGCGGAGUGUGGAGGGUUCUGCUGGACACAGCAUCUGAGCAUGGACCUUUUCAAAAUGAUCACGUCGGAUUUUAUUUCUGUCUAUCCCGUCAAAUGGAACAAGAUCAGGCACUUCCACACAAGUUUGUUUUUCAACCUUGUGUCCUCAAUGGCAAAACCAUUGAUGCCUAGUGAUUUCAAGGAAGUGUUUGAGGUUGGUUGCGUUUCCUUAUUGGGGCGUCUGGAUGAAGUCUAUCUGACUCCCACAAGAGAGGCUGCGACUGAAAGAUUCAAAGAUCGGUUGGCUACGAGUCUUCAAAGAAGGUACCAGAAUGCCAGUGAAUUCACUCUCUAA